AUGGCCUCUUCUAAGAACGUUGUGUUCGACAUCGUCGGUACCUUGGUAUCAUACGACUAUCUCUACAAUGCCAUCGAACAUCGCCUCGGCGACCGUCUGCGUGCAGAAGGUGUCAAGCCCUCGCUCCUAGGUCAGGCUUGGAUGGAGACUGCUGAGCGGGAAUACACCAACCUCAGUAUCUCAGGCAGGUACCAGCCUUUUGCGAAGGUUUUGGAAGCUUUAUUCUACCGCCUCCUUUGGAUGGGUGGUAUCAAGGAGCCCCGCAAUUUUGCUUCUCCUGAAGAUCUCGCUUACAUUAUGACCGAAUACCAAAGCCUUACCAUGCGGCCUGGCGCCGCAGAAUGUGUGAAAAAGCUUCGCGAUGCUGGUUUUACAGUAUGGGCCUUCACUGCAGCUGAUCUAAAGCGUGUCGGUGGAUACUUUGAGAAGGCUGGUGUUCCACUACCAGCUGAGAAUUUGCUGUCUUGUGAUAGCGUUGGGAUUGGAAAGCCUGAUCUCGCCGCAUACAAGCCAUUGCUUGACAGGCUAACCUCGGAGAACGAGGGCAAGAAGCCGUGGUUUGCUGCCGCUCAUAUGUGGGAUGUUUCAGCAGCCCGAACAGCUGGAUUCAAGGGUGCCUACUGUACAGUGCUAGAGAUGGAGGCAUUGACCAACCUGUUUGGCGAAAUGGAUGUCAUUGAUGCUACUCUACCUGGUAUGGCUGAUAAGAUUAUUGCUGACCAGGCGGCUUUUUGA